AUGGAUUCUUCUCCGCCCGUUACAAGAGAGGAAUCUUUAAUUAGAACUUGGACAUCUAUCCAAGAAAUAGCAAAAGAGAUAUCAAAUGAAGCAGAAAAAUUAAACUCUACAACUGAUAUAAAUGAAAUUGAACAAAUUAAACGGAACCUAGCAAAUUUGGCUCAAUAUCUAAUGAAGGAUGUGAACAUUGCAACUUCAAAGCCCAAAACAAACCCAUCAUUGGAUCAAAAAUAA